AUAAUUAUGAGUUCUGAAAAAGAUUUCCAAUAUGACAUUCACGAUGUCUAAAAUAUUAAAACUGCCUUUUUGGACUUAUAACAAGAAGAGAGUGCUGGAUUUAAAUUAGGAUUUGGAACAGCUAUAUUAUCUUAUUUUGUAUUCAGAAGGUUUACAUAUUUAAGAACUGGACCUAGGUAACAAUAUUAAUUUAAUUAUAUAAGAUUUAUUGGAUCAAUGAUUCUUGGUUCAUAAAUAUAUGGUUUCUAUAAACAUAGAUCUAGAGCAUAUUAUGAUUAUGUUGCUCAAUAAGUAAAUUUACAUGCAUCUGAAGCAAUAAAUCAAUGCCUUGGACAUUGACUAUUUAAUCAUAAAUAAUACAAAAC